ACAUUCUGACGCAUCCCUCCCUAGCGUCUGUGAAUUCCUCUGGUUCAUCUCCCCCUUGUUCCCGAGGAACAAUUUCCAUCGUUGUCGUCCACUGAAAAUCGUCCGGCAUCAGUUGUAUCCGACUCGAAGUGGAACUCGAUAAAUUCUUCGCUGUCUGCGAGCGGAUUCCCUCCCCGGAAAAGGAAACCUCAUAUGCUAUCAAUACUCUCUGAUCGCAAUCAGGAACAUGGCUUCUACAGACGAGCAGCGGCUCGCUGACGAACUCGCAGACAUUGAUCUCGAUGAUCCCGAGCUCGCUCAGGCUGCUUCGAAAAUACAGAAGCAGUUCCGAGGCUUCAAGAAAGCAAGCGGGGACUCGAAAAAAUUAGAAGGAGCACCACCGCCACCUCUAAGUGACGAGGUUUCGCAAGAUGAAGAAAGUUCCGGAAAACGAGGAACUCCACAAGGAGAAGACGAUGAGCUCGCGGAUAUCGACCUCACGGAUCCCGACUUAGAGAGAGCGGCGGUGAAAAUUCAAUCGACCUUUAAAGGCUUCAAGACGCGCCGCGCACCUCAGAAUUAG